UAGGUGUAGAUUCUGAACUCGCUCUGACGGAACGUGAUUGAAAUGUUUGUGUUCGGAGUCGGAGGUGUGAGGACGUGACAUUAAUGAGCCGUUACCUUCACGGACUGAAUAAACAAACGUUAUCCUCUGUUACAAUGACUUCUGUUCCCAUGAAGAGGUUGUACAAGGAGCUGCCAGUGUGGAUAGUAGAGGACCACCAUGAUGUGGUGUGUCAUAUUUAUCGUGCCAUUGCGUCAAGACACCUCCCACUGAAGAACAUAAAGAUGGUUCAUUUAGACUCCCAUCCCGAUCUGCUCAUCCCUGUCAACAUGUCUGCUGACACUGUCUUUGAUAAGGAGAAACUCUUCAGUGAGUUGAGCAUAGAAAACUGGAUCAUGCCCAUGGUGUAUGCUGGCCAUGUGUCCUGUGUGGCUUGGCUGCAUCCAUACUGGGCCCAGCAGAUCAGAGAGGGAGAGCACCGGAUGGCUGUAGGAAGAGACUCGUGCACCACCACCAUCAGGGUGACCAGUACAGACAACUACUUCCUCAGUGAUGGCUUGUAUGUGUCUGAAGAGCAGCUGGAGAACUCGAAACCUCUCACACUGAGUGUGAUCAAAGUCAAUCCUGUCAAAGCAAGUCUCGGGCCAUCUUCAGAAAAGAAAACAGAAGCAGACACAGAGCGAUGCUUUGCCAAGAGACCCCGUACAGACGACGGUAUCGCUGGGGAAGCCAGCUGCUCUGAGCCCCUCUCAAGAUGGACUGACACAUGGCAACCAGCAGAGGGCAGCAAUGGGCCAAGCUGGGGGGCUGAUGAUGAAGGCUCGACCAGUUAUGUUGUUAAGAGAAUAUCUGCAUUUGUAAGUGAGACAGAGCCAUACAUCUUGGACAUUGAUUUGGAUUUCUUCUCAUGUAAGAAUCCCUUCAAGGAGUUAUACACACAGGAGGAGUACAACAUACUUAAGGAGCUGUACAACUUCAGAGGACCCGGACCUGAUGCUGAUGAGGAGGAGCUCGAUGCGUGUGUGGACCGUCGUGUACAUCAGUUAGAAGACCUGGAAGCAGCAUUCGCUGAUCUGCUGGAGGAUGAUGGAGAAGAGACGGUUACACGCUGGUCCAGCAAUCCUGGCAUGGCUUCAUUAACCCAACUGGUUUCCAGUCUGAAGUCGAGAAACCUGUGCCCUGACUAUGAAAUGGUGCAUCAGGCAGGAUUAACCUGUGACUCUGUUGAGCUGCCUCACCACAUCAGCACUGAUGAGGAGAUCGACAGACUCAUCUCAGCUGUGAAGCUGCUUCUGAAGGCGCUGCCCAAACCUACGCUGGUUACAAUGUCCAGGUCCAGUCUGGACGAGUACUGCCCGGUUGAGCAGGUGGAUUCGGUCCAGAGCAGAGUACUGGGUGUACUGGAGAGCCUGUAUGGGUCGCUGGACUUGCACAAAGACUAUGACAACAGCAGCACAGGGACUCAGGACAGCCAGCCUCAGGCCUCCUAACAAACAAACUCUACACCUGUCACUUCUGGAUCUAGUCAGAUGCUGUCACUGUAAAUCUCUCAGUAAACCUCAGUCUCACAGCAAACAGCUGGAACAUGUUUUGAGGCAGUUGGACGUGUUUACUGUAUGUAAUGUGUUGACAUUAGAAGUUUUGCGUAGUUUUUGUAGCAGACAUUGACGCUGUUUACAUGCACAGAAGAAACCAGAACUGUGAGAAUACAGGUUCAAGUAUGGUCAGAUGAUGUAUCUAAUAACAAGUAUCUGAAACCCAGUUGAGGGAGUAUAUGUCCCCCGAGCUGUCACUUAACCUGAGAUGUAAUUGGGAGAAGUGAUGAGUUUAUUUAAACAGCACUCGUGUUUUUCCAUGUGUCCCUGCAGCCUUCUUUAAAUGUCUCUAAACUGACAACAGAUGGGUGAAGUGCUUCAGGCUGCGCUUCAUGUCGAACAGUUCCUCAUUCCACAGCUGUCUUCAAUAUCUCCGACCACAACUGGCGAUUGCAACACAGAGUAUCUGAGCUCGCUACAGCAAACUGAGGAUUUACCCUUUGCCCCUAAAUAAAGGUGGUAAUGUUGGUA